CGAGAUGGCACGUCAAGCAGUCGACCUAACACCUAUCGACCAUGCCAACCGAGCAUGGCAGUUAGGCGGGCUUGGAAGUAAGCUUCACAGCCGGUACAAGCGUACGGGCGAGACGGAGGAUCUACAAGAAGCUCUUCAGAUAGCACGGCAAGCACUUGAUUUAACGCCGGUAGACCAUCCUGCCCGAGCAGGGCAGCUGGACAACCUGGAAAGGACGCUUUCCAGCCAGUAUAAACGUACGGGCAAGACGGAGGAUUUACAAGAAGCCAUUCAGAUAGCGCGGCAGGCACUUGGAUUGACGCCGAAUGACCAUCCCGCCCGGGCUUGGCGGUUGGGCAAUCUUGGAAAUAGGCUUUACAGCCGUCACAAACGUACGGGCGAGAUGGCAGACCUUCAAGAAGCCAUUCAGAUGGCGCGGCAAGCAGUCAACUUACUACCGGACGGCCAUCUAGACCGAGCAAGGCGGUCGGGCAACCUGGGAAAUAUGCUUCAAGAACGGUACGAACAGACAGGCGAGAUGGCAGAUCUACAAGAAGCUAUUCAGCUAGCACAACAAGCAGUCGAUAUUACGCCGAUUGUCUACACCGAACGAACAGGGCAUCUUAACAAUCUUGGAAACAAGCUUCUAGACCGGUUCGAUCGUAUAGGCGAGAUUGCAGAUUUACAAAAAGCCAUUCACAUGGCGCAACAAGCAAUCGACUUGGCACCGAUUGACCAUCCUGAACGAGCAAAUUGGUUAAACAAUGCUGCAAUAAUGCUUGGAGUACGGUGUAAACGUACAGGCAAGAUGGCAGACCUACAAGAAGCUAUUCAAAUGGCGCGGCAAGCAAUAGACUUGACACCUAACGACCAUCCUGAAAAGGCACAACGGCUAAACAACUUUGUAUAUCUAUUACAAAUCAAUUACAAAAGUACGGGCGAGACUGAGGAUUUACAAGAAGCUAUUCAGAUAAUGCAGCAGGUUGUCGACUUGACGCCGAUAACCCACCCCGACCGAGCAAGGCGGCUGAACAAUCUUGCAGACACAUUUACAACCCGGUACGAGCGUACGGGUGAAAUAACGGAUCUAUAUGAGGCUAUAGAUAUGCUACGGCUAGCAAUCCCUAUUAUGCCGAUCGACCAUCCUCAGCGGUUAAUAAUCCUGAACAACCUUGGAAAUAUGCUCCACCAGCGGUACCGCUAUACAGGAGAAAUGGCGGACUUACAAGAAGCUAUCAAACUAGUACAAAAAGCAGUCCACGCGAAAACGACCGGCCAUUUCAACAUGGUAUUAUGGUUGAGUGACCUUGGAGUUAUGCUUAACGACAGGUAUAAUCGGACAAACAAAGAGGAGGAUUUAGAGGAAGCCAUCAAUACGACACAACAAGCACUCGAGUUAAUACCUACCGAUCACCCUCAACGGGCACAAAUACUAGGCCGUCUUGGAAAUAAACUGAUGAGUCGGUACCAUCGUAAAGGCGAAGUGGCAAGUUUGCAAGAAGCCAUCGAGAAGGGGCAGCAAGCCGUCGAUUUGACGUCGACGAACCAUUCAGAAAAGGCAGAAUGGCUGAGCUGCCUUGGGGACCAGCUCCAUAGCCGAUACAAACGUACUGGCCAGAUGACCGAUAUACAAAAAGCUAUCGAAAGCGCGCAGCAGGCGGUUGACUUGACGCCGACUGAUCAUCCCAGCCGGUCAGGACGCUUAAUAAGCCUUGGGAACAAGCUCGCGCGCCGAUAUAGACACAUUGGUGUUAUGGCGGAUCUAGAUCGGGCUAGAUCGAGCUUUCGAGAGGCUUGGCGCUUGAAAACUGCCGUCCCUCUCGUCCGUAUUGACGCUGGCGUGCAUGCCCUACAAUUGAUUGAUGAAAAGGACUUUGAUACAGCCGUCGAACUGGGGAAAGAAAUCAUCGAUUUUCUCCCUGUGGUGCACACGAAAUUGCGUGACCGCAACGACCAGCAAUACGUGAUAUCGGCAUUCGCUGGAGUCGCUGCUACUCUUUGUUCCCUUCUCCUUCAAUCCGGCCAAGUACCUGACGCGCUCCAAUAUCUCGAAAAAGGUCGUGCCGUGAUCAUUGGUCGAUUAAUAGACGACCAGAGUGACCUGCAAGGGCUACAGCAGCGCGAUGUUGCUUACGCGUACCGGAAGCUUCGGGAUGAAGUCAACACACCUGUCCGAAUAGUUGAGGAUUCUUUGCUACAGAAACGGAUGCAGACCCGUCGCGUCGAAGCUAUUGCUGAGCUUGAAACAUGCAUUCAAAAUAUCAGACGUAUCCGGGGCCACGAAAGAUUCCUGCUGGGCCAAGAAAUCACUGAGAUGCAAAAGUGUGCAACGGGGGGGAACAUCGUUAUUGUCAAUAUGUCAAGGAUCCGAAGCGAUGCAAUAAUAGUCUCUCCAACGACUAUUAAGGCGCUCCAUCUCCCACGUUUUCAGCUCUCGGAACUACAGCGCUGGCUGAGCAAUAAAUGGGGGAAAUCGAGGGAUGUCCUCCCGAAGAUAAAUCAAUGGUUUCUCCGAUAUCUGUCUUGGCUAUGGGAUGCGUCUGUCCAGCCUAUUCUUGACGAAAUAGGGAUAUCGGCCUCGACAAAUAGUCUACCACGUAUAUGGUGGAUAGGCACUGGCUUCGCCAGCUCCGUACCAUUUCAUGCUGCCGGGAAUCAUGCCGUGGGUUCAACGGACAAUACGCUUAGUAGAGCCAUCUCAUCCUAUAUCCCUUCCAUCAAAUCACUUAGCUUUGCAAAGCGUAAAAUCGAGCUGGCAAAGAAGGCACAAGGGCCGCUUUUAGUCGUUACUAUGCCAACCACGCCAGGCAAUUCCCCUCUUCGAGGCGUAGAGAAAGAACUGCACCAGUUGAUAAAGACGGUUGACGGCCGUCUGCCAAUAAAGCACCUCAACUUACCGACUGCCCAGGAUGUAAUUGAUAAUCUGCCGGAUUGCUGUAUUGCGCACUUCGCCUGCCACGGGUCGACAAACGUUUCAGAUCCUUCUAGGAGCGGACUGGAUUUGCAGAAUGGACACCAAUCAGAGCGGUUGACGGUACAGGCAGUCUCGGAGUUACACCUCAGGAAUGCAAAAUUAGCAUACCUAUCAGCUUGUUCGACAGCUGUGAACCAUGCGCCACGGUUGACUGACGAGGUGAUCCACGUAGUGAGCGGAUUCCAAACAGCCGGAUUUCCACAUGUCAUUGGCUGUCUUUGGCCAGCAAAUGACAGAGCUUGUUCAGAAAUGGCAGAAUCGUUCUAUCGGUUGUUAUUACAGGAGGACGGCGUUUCCUCAAGCAAUUGGGAAGUUGCCUUAUUGCUCCGGGACGCCGUUAUGGAGACCCGGGAGAAAAAUAUGAAAUCGCCGCUGUUUUGGGCGCCGUUCGUUCAUUUUGGCGUAUAGUCGCAGAGUCUUAAGGAAUCUAUACUAGUCUAAUUCUUAAUGCGGA